CUUUCCACAAGGGCUGUGAUAGGUCGAAGACAGUGGAGAGCACGUCUUUGAUGCACGCAUGACAAGUCUUUGGACGCUUUUACAGGGAAUGGACUUUAUUAGCUAAGUUCGGAAGCAGAAGGUCGUCCUUCAUUUCCCGGAUAAUCAAGCGGCGGCUUGCGAACCCUUUCCUUUUAUUUUUUUAAAUUUAUUUGUUCCUUCGUCUCGCAGCAACUGCAACUCAUCGCUACUUCUUUUUAUAAUGUCUCACCAUCCUACAUACACUAUGGCUGCGCUGUGCGCAACUGGAGGCAUUGUUGGAUUUGCACGCACGCGUUCCAUUCCGUCUUUGGCAGCUGGUCUCGGUGUGGGUACGCUGUACGGUGUUGCUGGUUAUUUGAUCCAGCAAAACAGAGACUAUGGCCAUGAGACCGCGGUGGCUGCCUCGACUCUUCUGGCCGGUGCCAUGAUCCCGCGUGCUGUUUCCACUGGAUUCAAGAAACCGGUGCCGGUGGCCUUGUCGGUCAUUUCGUUGACGGCGGGUGCUUACUAUGUCAAAAAGGUCAUUGAUUAUCGCUAAAGUGGAGUUUCCAUGUUUCACGUGUCGCGCAAUAAAAAACUUUGGGUUCAGGAACCAUUUUAUUUUGACACUAGAAAUGGAGGGGUUUUUGUUUUCGCUUGCUCACAGUUAUCGUUUGGCUUUAAUGACUAUGGUUUAUGUUAGAAUGAGGAUAGUUAAAGUCUUACUGAAGCAUUAUCUUGGAAAUAAAAGAAAAACCAAGAGCGCAAAAGAAUAAUCUCGGGCAGACGUAAACAGCGUUUGCUUUGAUGGUAUACCAUGCAAAAAAUUGUACAAGUCGUUAUCUGGGCAGAGCUACAAACGUUUGCCAACCUAAUUUCCAGAUAUAGUCAAC